GCUAGGCUGCGGCGCCGCGCCGCCGCCCGCCCGCCCGCCGCCGCCUCCUCCUCUCGGGAGGGAGCCCGCCGGCCGGCGGCAUGGGCUGCAUCGGCUCCCGGACUGUAGCAGGGAAUGAAGUGGUUGCUGUGGACUGGAAAGGGCUGCGAGAGGCGGACCAGAUUAACAUGGACAGCACCAGCUCCCUCCAUGGCAGCAGCAUUCACCGGCCUUCCACUGAACAAACACGGACAGAUUUCUCUUGGGAUGGCAUUAAUCUUUCUAUGGAAGACACAACCUCCAUCCUUCCCAAGCUGAAGCGAAACUCCAAUGCCUAUGGGAUCGGAGCCCUUGCUAAGUCCUCUUUCUCCGCCCCUUCUUGUUUUGUAAUGUCUGGCGCCUUAGGGAUAUCUCGCAGUAUGAAGGAUCACGUCACCAAGCCCACUGCCAUGGGCCAAGGCCGUGUAGCUCACAUGAUAGAGUGGCAGGGCUGGGGCAAAGGUACCAGUCAGCAGCAGCACACCCAUGAGACCGUCCGCAAAGAUGCCGACGCGUAUUCUGACCUGAGCGAUGGGGAGAAGGAGGCCCGAUUCCUUGCAGGGGUGAUGGAGCAGUUUGCCAUCUCUGAAGCCACGCUCAUGGCUUGGUCUUCUAUGGACGGCGAGGAUGUGAGUGUCAACUCCACCCAGGAGAACCCAGCUGGCAACUACAGUGAGAACUAUCAGGAGAUGAUAGAGAACCAGGACCACCUGAACCAAGCCCAGUACGACAGCUGGCCCCACUCCUAUGUCUCCCAAGGCAUGUAUUGCUUGGGCUCCUCCGACGCAUGGGAGACAAGCGACCAGUCCCUCAUCGCUUCCCCAGCUGCUGGCUCCUAUCUUGGCCAGAACUUUGAAGAGUCCCAGCCCAGCCUGCAAGAGAGUGUUCUGAUCCAGAACAACCUUAUCCAGCAGCACCAAUUACUGCAGCAGCAGCAGCAGCAGCAGCAGCAACAGUCCCUGCUCCCAAAUACUGGCCUUGUGGAUGGAUGGCCUGCUCAGACAGUUCCCAGCAGUGGUGGUGACUGUGCAGAAUCCAGCACCUUUGUAGGUGUCCACGCAGAGGAGGAAGAGAACCCCUUGCUGGAGAAAGCCACCCUGUUGAGCAAGAAGCCCUCGCCAGAGGAGGACGAUGUCGUGUGUCGGGACCUGGAGUCCCUUUCCCCUCGGGAGGAGCCAGAGCCUGCUGGCCUCAGCCGCAAGGUCUCUGACGUGACGUCGUCUGGGGUGCAGUCUUUUGACGAGGAGGAAGGCGAAGCCAACAACUGAUGCUGCCGUGGAGAACCCUUUGCCAUUAUGCAUGGGGAACAUGGGUGGGGGGGAGUGAUAGGGAAGCCCCUCUCCAGCUCCUCAAAUUCCCUCAGGCACAUGAGCACACUUGGGGUUUUGUUUUUUGUUUUCCUUUUCCUUUUACAAAAAGGAUAAUCCAAGGACUGAAAUUGCAGGGCAAUGCCAAACCCCCAUCUCUCCCUGCCCAUAUUGGAUUGAAGACUCAGGCCUUGGAUAGGUGGGCACAGGAAGCUCAGGGAACGGACAUCCUCUUGACUCUGGGCACAAGUUGUUCUGGCAAGCAGGGUUGCAGUGCCUGAGACACCGACUCCGGCUUUGUAGGGUGUUGCUGCACUCUGCUAGUGGGGCCUGAGGCCCUCCGGAGACGCAGGGGGUCGUUUGGGUAGAGGAGGAGCAGAAGUGUCUGGCUUCGUAGGCAAGCGUACGUCCAAAACGGCAGCCCCAGCCUCGUCGCCAAGUCUCCGUGUGUAAGUGAGGCGCUGCUAGGAAGGCAACUCUGCUCUUGAGGCUCUGAGUAGCAGGAGGGGGAGGGAGUGACUCUGUGGCCAAGGACGCCGGAACUGGAGGUGAGACUCUGUGGGUACCAACUGUCCAGCAGUGUGGACAGAGCUGCUUCGCCAGUCUGGCUUAAACUGCAUUCAUUCUCUGGGGAAAUCUCCUUCUGCACUUCUGUCUUCUCCACUUGCCUGGGAGCUGGAGAGUGGUUUCCCCCUCCCCUAUUUAUUACUGGGCACUGCAUGCAGGGGUGGGGAAAUGGGGGUCAUCUGUCUUUAAAAUGUAAUUUAUGCAGACACGGCGUCUUCUUUUCCACUUGCGUGCAGGGAAGACAAGGCAGAGAGGCCAGUGGUAAGCAAGCCCGUAUGGUUUCAGUGUCAGUUUUCCAGUUUACAUUUUCUGCUUUUUUUCUACACUUUUCGAAUGUUUCCAGGUCCUCUAAGCAGCGGCUGCCAGAGAAAAAGGCCGGAGUUGCCCCCUGUGAUGAGGUCAGCUCCUCUCUCCCCCCCCUCCCCCCCCCCCAGGUCCUCUGCAGUGCCAAAGCGUUGAUGGGGCAGAGACUGAGAUGGGAUCGACUCGGCUCUGUUCCCCUUCAUGUCACUCGCAUGCUUUCUUUACCAACCUGUUUUUUGUCAUCACAAUUGGUGACAA